GGCUGAAAUAAGGUCUUGAGAGUUUGGAGAUGCAUUCAGUGACUUCGGCUCUAGGCGUCAUCGCCGUUGUAUCCUUCAUAUUUCCUACAAUAGCAGAGAUGGGAAGCGGCGCCGCUGAGCUCAGAAUCAAUCAUCCUGAGAAGGAGAAUCGACACUCGGCUGAAAACAACACUACAAACAAGGCGAUCAAUGCAACAUCAAGAAGGAUGUCUGAGGAAAUUGGCUACGAAUCGUCGACAGUUUAUAGAGAAUCCACCGCACUUGAGGAAGGAACAAGGUCCAAUUUAGCAGGACGAUUAGGAGAGAUUCAAAAGGAUCGAGAUUCCAACUUGACGCUAGGAAUGGAAAUCGAGACGGCUCAGGAGAGCGACCCUCUUCAAGAGAAUCCUCCUGGAUUAUCUGCCAAUCGGAAAAAAAAUACUGAGCAAGGUUCAAUGAUGAAAAAUCACUCCGUGUCUGAAAAUCCUGUGGAAAGUUCCUCAGAGGAAAUUCCCGGCCUUUCGAGUUACGAUGUUGCUAGAGCUCUUGUCGUUUCUGAAAGCGAUCUUGAGGAAUCCCCUCGAGAGGAAAGUGGUUCCAAACCAAAUUCCUUGGUGAGGACUCUCACUGAGAAUCAAGUCGAAGAAGAAAAGUUUGAGGAUCAAAGUCAUCGACGACUGGGAGUUACAGCCACUGGAAAGAUUUCUGAUGUAAAAACAGCAUCUCGCCAAGUUUCUGUACCGUACCAAGUUCCAACCUCUCUAGAAAGAAAUGAAACUGAAGUGAAAGAUGAAGGAAUGAAAGUUUCUUCGGAUGAGAAAAAACAUCCUGGUAAGAGUUCUGAUUCUAUAGAACAGCAAUCGACGCAAAAGAAUCUGGGAAGCAAAUCACAGAAUGAGAUUUUAAACGGAAAGGGUGGAUCUUUUCGCGAAAUCAAAUCUUCGAGAGUCAUAAAUAUACAUCGGGAGGCGAAUCAAUUGAUCUUCAGUGGGAAAAUCAUUCAGCCGAAACUUUCCAGCCACUUGGGAAAGUACACACCGUAUUUUGAAGAUGGAGAGGAGGAAGAGAAUGUUACUGCUAGAAUUGGAAAUACUGUACUGCUCGAUUGCAAAAUUGGAAUGCUGGGCAAUAAGACGGUUACAUGGUCAUAUCGUAGCACUGAUGUAAUACGUCUCCUGACAGUCAGUCGCAUGGUGUACAGUUUAGAUGAAAGAGUGAGUCUUUCUUUUCGAUAUCCUACGAAUUGGAGACUGAAAAUACAAUAUGCCUUACCACGAGAUUCGGGGUUGUAUGAAUGCCAAGUAGCCACCUACCCCCAUUCAUUAGUGAAAAAAAUCAACCUGCUUGUCACAGCGCCUAUUCUAGCCAUAAUGGACGACUCCGGAAGAAUAAAGUCCGGAGAAAGACACCUAAAAGCUGGAAGCGCGUUAAGACUGAGAUGUGAAGCAAGAGACGUUCCUGAGCAACAUAAUGAGACUGUCAUAUGGACCAGAGGAGAUGAAAUUCUUACUGAGGAUGUCAGUGAAAAUAAAACAACAGAAAUGUUAGAUGGAAGAGAAAUACAAGUGAUUAUUAGUACAAUAGUUGUCGAAAAAGCUACAUCUAAGCAUGCUGGAAAUUACAGUUGCGUGGUACCUGAAAAAGCAAAAACAACCGUUGCAGUUCAUGUUCUAAAUGGAGAACUGCCAGCGGCAGUACAUGAUGGGAGCGGUGUUUCGAGAUCCGUCCUCAAUCUCUGGCUAAUUCAUCUGACUGUGAGCUACGUUUUCACCAGAUGACAAUUCUAAGAGAACCGAAGAGAGAUUUGAUCCUUUGUUUAGAAACGGGUCAUUCUCAUAUAAGAUGCGUGUGAAAGGACGCCACAUGCGAUUACCUGCUCGGGACGGAACGUACUUGAACAUCGAUUACGUUUAUCCGAUAAUUCAUUUUCGAAACCAUCGAGACUGCAUCUUCAGAGAUGGUAAACCAGGAUUAUGUGCUCAGAAAAAAGAUAACGUUACGAAAAUAAGUUCUUUUUAGAUCGCUGAUGGACUAACCUACUCAAACCUAUAAAGUCCUCCAUAAUAAAAACCUCAUUACCUUAUCUCACUACGAAAUACAUUACACGAGUGGUCACUAUACAAUUUUUAGUAUGAAACCAGUGAAUGAAAACAAAGUGGUGACAGCAUUUCUGAAUCCAACGAAUUUUUUCCACUUUCUCAAAUUUUCGUUUCACCCGAAUUGAUAUCGAUGGAUUGAUGGAUUCGCUAUGAGCUUCAGUGACAGAUUGAUCGCAUGAAAUACCAGUGAAAGCUUUCAGCUAAUCCUUUUACUCACGAAAAUUGGAUAUUUCCACUUAAAACUCUGCAAUAUCGGAAUACUUGUUAAGACAAAUUUUUGGGAUUUAAUCUAUCAACAAUAAUGUUUUUAAAAAGCCAUUAAAAACGCACCAACUCGCUAUCUAUAAUUAAGGAUUCGGUUUGAUAAAAAAAAUUUGAUCGGAACUGGAAUUACGUGGAAAAGUCACAUUUGAGGACCCAGAAAAAUAUGAUUAAUUUGAAUUUAAUCUAUUAACGUCUAUUACCGAUUUCCAAAAUUUUGUUUUUCGACCCACCCUAAUAUAGAUUUCUUACCAAAAUAAUAUAUACUAAUAUUUUCUAGAUUCAACAAAAUAGAAUGAGUGCAAAGUGGUUACGAUAUUAUGAAUAAUCCGCAUUCAAAAUGAACAUUCGAAUCGUAAAUAAGGAAUGUUGCUGUGAAAUUAACCACUUACUAGUCUCAACUGUUCACAAGAAAUCCUCUAAUGAGAGAUAUUAAAACUUUUUAUUAAAAUUGUACAUAUAUUCAUAUUAAAUUAAAAAUAAUUUUAAAGAAAUUAUUUAAUAACAAUUUUGAGGGGAUGCUAUUGAAUUUUUUGCAUUAUUAAAGGCUCUCUUGUGAGUUAAAAAUUGUGAGCAUAAACGACGACGUUGUGAUGUGCGAAAACGUAUCAAAAAGACGAAUAAUAAUAUAAAGUAAUAUUUGAUCUUAUAUAGAUUACUCAUCGAUUACGAUAAAUAUAUAUUUUUUUAUAUGUAAAUAAAUACAACGUUCCUUCUUGUUAUCUUAUUAAAGUAAAAUAUGUUAUAAUAUAUAGUAUAAUAUUACAUAUAAUACAAAACAUAGGAUAAGUUUCGCGAUGUGAAUGAAACGUUUGAUAGGUUUAUGUAUCAAAGAUUCCUAGUUAUUAAGUAUUAAUUACUGUACCAACUAUAUCAAGAAUCUCUAAGCGAUAGGACAUGUUAAAAUCACUCAAAUUUUUUGGUCUUUAAUAUCUUUUCUCCUUGCUUAAUAAUGAGAAAUUUUAACAAAUUUUAUCACUUAAGAACUGAC